AUGGAAACAACAAAUCAAUUACAUUUAAUAUAUAAUUAUAAUAUAAUGAAUAAAACAAAUUCAUUAUUAUAUAAUAAUUCAAUGACUACUGAAAUGUAUUUAAAUAAUCAUUUUUAUAAUCAUCAAUUAUAUAAUAUAACAAAUAAUAAUUUAUUAAUGAAUAAUUCAAAUGAAAUAUUAAAAAUUAAAAUUAAAUAUCAUUUAAGACGAUUUUUUCAUUAUUUAUAUUUUAUUAAUUCUGCUGCGAAUCCAUUAAUUUAUUUUUUUUUAAUUUAAAAUUUCGUUUACAAUUAAAAUAUUUAAUUCAUUGUUUUAAUACAUGUUUUAAUACAUCAUAAUUAAUUUUGAAUUACUAUAAUUAUUUAAUUCACAUUGUAAUAUAUAAGAAUUAUAGACGAAGAUAAUUAUAGUGUUAUUCUUUUCAAUGGUUAAGACCAUGAGUCAGUUGAAGCUAGACUACCAUGGAAAACUGGAAGCAUCUGAUAUUAAUCAACAUAUGCUCACGAGUGAUUGGCUUCACGAGGUAUAUCCUGGAGUUCUAGUGAGAAGUAGUGACCAGUGGAGUUCAACCAGGUCUGUUGUGAGAUUGUAACUCACUAAAGACAAUGGUGGAUGUGUCGCUCAAUUUCGUGGAUUGGUUGAAGUUAAACAAUAACACCGUUGUAUGUUGGCCAGCUCAAUGGUCUAGUGGUUAAGUGCUCGCACACGAAACCAGUAGGUUGUGGGUUCGAAUCUCACAGGAGGCGAGAUCGUGGACGUGUACUGCUGAGGAGUCU